AUGGUCUAUCCGCCUUCCUCGCCGGCGUCCGCCGCUCAACUGGCCUCACGUAUGUCCCCAUCCAUCCCUCCUAAGCGCCACCCAACCCACCCCCCCUUCACAACCCCCCCGUUUCGAGCCGCGCAAAACUACAAGAUCGGAGCUAAAGCUAAACCCAGACCCAGUGUGAAGCCAGAUACUUUCGGCGAAAACCCCAGCGCCCAGAAAUGGUUCGAGAGCUACCUCUGGGUCGGCGAGACCGUCAUGGACCAAAGCGUGGCCUUCUUUGGUUCCAGUUCCUACUUUGAGCGCAAGCGAUAG